CGUUUUCAUGCUGUGCAUCCCUAUAGGGUGACGAUGUGGCGCUGGACCAGUCUGGGCAACUUCAACGCGUUAAAGGAAAAAGUGAAAGAAAAAAAAGAAAGAAAAAACAAAAAAAAAAAAAACAAAGAAAAAAAACAAACAAACAAAAAAAACCAACCCCACCCACCCUCUAAUCAGUCCCAUAUAGGACUCCCGUUCGCUUCUGUAUGGUUAUAUCAUAUGUGACAUUUACUCCUGUCUCUGCUGGUAGCCUGUCUCUGAGUUAAUACCCCCACUGUUCUGCCAUCAGCUCUAUCAUUCCCGUGCUGUGAUUUUUGUUGUUGUUGUCGUUGUUUUUUGGGGUGUUUUGGUUUUGGUUUUUUUUUUUUUUUUGGGGUUUUUAUUUCCCCGUUAGGCGUUAGAAUUGCACUUAUUUUUCUAAAGGGGCUCUGCAGUGGGGCGGGGGGGAGCGGGGAGGGGCUGUGGGGCAGCGCCCGGGCAGGCCCCGGCCCUCGGCCCCCCCCGAGCCCCCCGGAGCCCCCCGGAGCUGCUUUAAUUUAUGGCCGUGGCCGCACUCCGGGCCAGCAGCUCCAUGCGGUGUGCGGAAAGGAGGAGAAAUAGAGCAAAAAAAGAAAAAAGAGGAAGAAAAACAGAAAAGACGAAAAGUUUACGUAUAGUUAUUUUCAGAUCUCUGCUUGAUAAGUAUUAAAGUAAGAUGUAUCUAACGUGCUGCCGUAAUUUAAAGCGGGGGGGGCCUGGGGGGGGGGGGGGGCUCGGGGGGUCGCGGUGUGUUUGCGGGGAGCGGACGCUGCGGACAAUAAAGGCACUGACGGACCCCGCGGCUCCGCCUCCUCUCUGCGGCCACGCCCACCGGGAGGCGGGGCCACGCACUCGGGGGCGGGGUUAGCGUUGGCCCCGCCCCCCGGGGUGGUGCGGAAGUGGUUCGUGGCGGCGGCGCCGCGCGGUUCCGCCUCUGGAAGGCGGUGACACGUGCGCGCGGCGGGGACCCGGAUGCCCGGCCCCGCGAUGCCGAUCGUGGAGAAGCUGCGGGAGGCGCUGAAGCCGGGCCGCAGGGAGCCGAGCGAGGACGGGGAGCUGGGCCGGCUGCUGGCCGCCUCGGCCAAGAAGGUCCUGCUGCAGCGGAUCGAGUUCGAGCCUGCGAGCCGCGGGCUGUCCGGGCAGCUGGAGCUGCUGCGGGGCAAAUACCGCCCGCUGAACGCCAGCGCCGGGCCCGCCGCGCCCCGCCCGCCGCCCCCGGAGGGGCCCAGCAGGAAGCACGGCGGCGAUCACGGUGCCGGGGAUGGCGUCCCCGCGCCGCAGAAGGUGCUGUUCCCCGCCGAGCGGCUCUCCUUGAAGUGGGAGCGCGUGCAGCGGGUGGGCGCCGGGCUGCACAACCUGGGCAACACCUGCUUCCUCAACGCCACGCUGCAGUGCCUCACCUACACGCCGCCGCUCGCCUGCUACCUGCUGUCCAAGGAGCACAGCCGCGCCUGUCACCAGGGAGGCUUCUGCAUGAUGUGCGUUAUGCAGAACCACAUGAUCCAGGCCUUUGCCAACAGCGGCAAUGCCAUCAAGCCGGUGUCCUUCAUCAGAGACCUGAAGAAGAUUGCCCGGCACUUCCGCUUUGGCAGCCAGGAGGAUGCGCACGAGUUCCUGCGUUACACCAUCGAUGCCAUGCAGAAGGCCUGCCUGAGCGGCUGCACCAGGCUGGAUCGCCAGACCCAGGCCACCACGCUGGUUCACCAGAUCUUUGGCGGCUACCUGCGGUCCCGUGUGAAGUGCUCAGUGUGUAAGAGCGUCUCGGAUACCUACGACCCCUACCUGGAUGUGUCCUUGGAGAUCAGGCAAGCUGCAAACAUCGUGCGGGCGCUGGAGUUGUUUGUGAAAUCAGAUGUGCUGAGCGGGGAGAAUGCCUACAUGUGUGCCAGGUGCAAGAAGAAGGUGCCAGCCAGCAAACGCUUCACCAUCCACCGAGCCUCCAAUGUCCUCACGCUCUCACUGAAGCGUUUUGCCAACUUCAGCGGAGGCAAAAUCACGAAGGACGUGGGGUACCCUGAGUUCCUGAACAUCCGCCCCUACAUGUCUCAGAACAGCGGUGAUCCCGUCAUGUAUGGGCUCUAUGCAGUGCUGGUGCACUCGGGGUACAGCUGCCAUGCAGGACACUACUACUGCUACGUGAAGGCCAGCAACGGGCAGUGGUACCAGAUGAAUGACUCCCUCGUGCACUGCAGCAACAUCAAGGUGGUCCUCAACCAGCAGGCCUACGUGCUGUUCUACCUGAGGAUCCCUGGCCCUAGGAAGGGCUCAGAGGGGCCCAUUGCCAAGGCCACCCCCAGCCACUCACCUGUUGUUUCUGAUCAGACCAAGAGAACCUCAACCAACGGGCCCCUGCCAUCACCGCUUCUGGGCCGGAGCCCCGAGGUGCUGCCGGGCAGAAAGCUGUCGGGGCCGGAGGAGAUCGGGGUGCCUGUGGCCCGCAGCACGCUGGGUGUGGGGCCGAAGCUGCCCAAUGGCUCUGCACCACCGAAGCCACCCACCGGGUCGCCGUCACCCAAACUGCCCCUCAGAGCCACCCAGGUGACACCGAGUGAUGACACAGCCCGAAGGCCCAAGAAACCGCCAUCCCCACAGCGGCCUCCGGCACCGAAAGCCUCUCCGGGCCCGUACAGCUCCGGCACUGCACAUCCACCCCAGCAGAGCCCCGGGGACGGCACGCGGUCCCCCACCUCGCCCAGCCCGGGCACCCCACAGCGCGGCUCCUGCGGCAGCGCAGCCCCCAGCCCCGCACACACCGCAGCGGGGGAUGCAGCCAAAGCAGCCCCGAAGGCCAAGAGCGGGGCGGGCGGCCUCAGCCCCCCUCAGGACACGGACUGUGGCGCGGAUCUCCCCGAGGGCUCCAGGCUGGCAAAGCUGAAAUCUGCCGCGCUGGAGCCGGGCAGCACCACAUCACCGCCCCCAGCCAAGAAGCUGGCACUGUCUGCCAAGAAGGGCAGCACCCCGCGGAGGGUGAGCAGAAGUGACGGCCGCGUGCAGCCUGCUGGCCUCGCCUUCCCCACGGCCACUGCCCAGCCCUGGCCCUGUGGCAGGCCCAGGCUGCCCUCUGCUCUCCCCCUGCCCAGCCCUGACACACCAGCCUUCAGCUUCACCCCCAGCGCAGCCUCCCAGCUCCCAGCCUCCCCCCUGACCAAUGGGGCCCACCCCUCUCAUCACCAUCCCACCCUCAGUGGGGAGCACGGGCCCAGCCCUACGUCCACCAAAAAGAAGCAGCGAAAGCAGCAGCAGUCCAAAGCGGGAGGCAGCUCGCAUGCUAUGGCUGUGAAUGGCUGUGAUGAAGGCUGCAGCCCCCCGAGGAAGAGGAGGAACAUCGCUCCAGAGGGCUCUAUCCCAGGAAAGGAGGCGGCUGGCACAGGCAGGGAGGAGCGGGACCCCCGUGGUUCCCCCAGCACGGAGCCCAUCUCCCCCCUGAAGAAGAAGAAGAGGAAGAGAAGGCUGCAGGAGACCGAGGAGCGCUCCUCUGGGGCACAACCCUUGGGCAGCUCCAGGAAGGCUGACACGGAGCCCUCGUGGACAAAGCAGCAGCAGAGCCCUGAGCCCAGCGAGGGUGAGAGCGAGCAUCGGAAGUGCAAGCAGAGGGAAAGUCUGGGCAACGUGACCUCAGAGCAGCCAGCUGCCAUCAGUGCCCCAGCAGCAGCGUGUACGUGGGACAGCCCGGCCAGAGACGGAUGCAAACACCGUGCAGCUGCCCCGAGCAGUGGGGCCGGCACAGAGCGCAGCGUGGUGGAGGAGCUGCUCAGGAACUCCUUGGAUAAGGCUUACGGCAAGCAAGUCCUGACCUGGGAGGGUGAGGUGUCGGCCGUCAGCCGUGAUGCCGUGCGGGAUGCAGAGUGGGCUCGGAGUGAGACCGUGAUUGAUGAGUGGGACGAGGAGUUCGACCGAGGGAAGGUGAGUGUGAAAAAGGUUAAAAAGCUGAAGCGUGAGCGGAGGAGACACUUCAAUCCUUUCCAGCAGCUGCAGAGCAAACGCAACUUCUGGUCGGUGACGCAUCCUGCCAAGGUGGCCAGCCUGAGCUACCGGCUGUGA